CGCCACCUCAUCUGGUGGUCAGUUGAAAUGUGAGAAAUGCCGACGCAGCAACAGCGCGCUGAAAGGAACAGCUGUCAGCGUCAACAGACGGGACACACUGCUGCACAGCCCCGGCCUUCAGGACUGUCCCAGCGCUCCACAUGUCCAAAGUAACCAGCGGUUCCACUGGCUGUCGGGCCGUGGUGAUGGCUGGAAAGUACCUGUCCGGUCCCGGCCGAGGUUCCACGGUGAUCCCAGGGAAUACUGGCCAGCAGCGGGGGCGGAUGUGUGUCACUCAAAGCCGCACGAUGUGCUCCACCACAGCCCGCAUGGGAGGACGAACCGCGGCUGUGGGUCAACAGGAAAGUCUGGGGUAUAAUUCCACCGCUGACAGACACACCCUGGCAAACCGGAACCUAAUUUACCGGGACGUGAAGGCUUUCCUCAGUGAAGUUGGUGGGGAUCCCCGGGAGGCUCGGUAUUGGCUGACCCAGUUCCAGAAAGCGAACUUGUCUCAGUCCCCAGCUUUUGCUGUUGUGGAGGUGGAUAGCUCGGCAUUACAAAGCAGGGAGAUGGUACAGAGCCUGGCCUUCGGGCUGUCUUUUCUUCAGCGGAUGGACAUGAAGCCCGUGGUGGUAAUGGGCUGCUUUGACAACCAGGAGUCAGGGCCUGUAGAAGCAGUCACUAGGCCGUGGUGCACCAAGGAGUUGGUGGAGCGGUGCCAGCAGCUGACCGAAGCUCUGCAGCAACACUCAGCAACUGUCCUUCCAUUCUUCUCUGCAGAGUCUUUCCUACAACUGCAUGAGGCGCCUCAAGGAAGCAGUGCUCCACACUCAAUUGUUGUGGACAUUAGCCUCCUCCAGUGGAGUCUGGACUGUGGGACCAUCCCGCUGGUUUGUCCAGUGGGGAGGGAUGGACGGGGAUGCUCGUUGGUGCUAGACCCAACGGAGGUUACAGCAGCCAUUUCCCGAGCCCUCCAGCCCCUCAAAGUUAUAUUUCUGAACAACUCAGGAGGCCUACGGAGCGAAAAACACAAGGUACUGGACAUGGUGUCGUUGCCCACUGACCUGCCUGGUCUAUCUGGAGCGGAGUGGCUGAGCCCAGUAGAGCGUCGCAGACUGACCACGAUAGCCAGACUCCUCAAUCAGUUACCAACAGAGUCCUCUGCUGUGAUCACCUCUGCAGACACAUUACUGACUGAGCUCUUCAGCCACAGGGGUUCUGGGACACUUUUCAAAAAUGACGACCCCAUUCACAGGUACAACUCUCUGGAUGGGAUCGAUGUGGAGCGUCUGCUGGCUCUCAUCAACAAGUCAUUUGACAAAACUCUGAGGCAAGAUUACAUAGACUCUCUGAAGGGACGGAUGCACUGCCUCUACCUCUCUGAAGGCUACAGUGCAGCAGCCAUCAUUACGAUGGAGCCAGUGAACGGUGGGACGCCCUACCUGGAUAAGUUUGUGGUGAGCAGCAGUAAGCAGGGGCAGGGCACCAGUCACAUCCUCUGGGAGUGUAUCCGACAGGACCUGGGCCAACUCUUCUGGAGGUCAAAAGGCACCAACAGGAUCAACCCAUGGUACUUUAAGCACUGUGAUGGCAGUUUUGUAAAUGGAGUGUGGACUGUCUUCUGGUUUGGGCUGACAGACAUCAGAGACUCCUAUGUGCUGGUGGAGCACGCCAAGAGCCUCCCCAACUCAUUCCAUAGCUCUAGCCUCACCUUGAUUGAGCAGCCUCCUCCCCCUGCUGUUGCCGGUUCCUGAACUCUUCCUUUCCAUUAGGGUGUGUGGCAAUUUAGCUUUGGAGCCUUGUUGCCUCUCUUGAUCUGCAAAAUUAAAAACUAGAUCCUGUUUUUA